AGGCUCAGUCGCGCGCCGGUCGCGAAUGUGUGCUAACGCGUGUGAGAACAGAGAAGCCUCGACGAGCCAGAUAGUGUGAGACUGAGAGAGAGAGAGAGAUAGCGAGAGAAGGAAGGAUCGACUGUGUGUGCGCGCACGCGUAAAUGUAGAGGAAGGGCACAUCGGAGCUUAGCACAGGAGUCGGCUCGGAGCAGCAGUAGUACAAGCCGAGAGGAGCUACCCGGGCCGCGAGAGCGCAGUGUGUUAUAACGUCGCGCCGAUUGUGCGGUGAUUUGAUAUCGUAGUUGUUUGUGUGGUGUCCAGCCGCGGAGAGCAGGCGGUUCUCUGAUUUAGUGAAGUGCGUUUUAUGCUGGUUGCGGGGCGAAGCGGCACCGCGGGCUCUUCCUAUUCCAGGGUGAGUAGCAGUCAUGAUCAAUCACGUCUAUUAAACUCUCCAGAUCUUGAUUGCCCUUAAAGACUGGAAGGUGCUUGAGCUGUUGGGCCAGGUGAGGGCGGCGGCGGCGGCGGUGGUCGCGGCUACAACGACAACAACAACGGCAACAAAAUGACGACCGACAUCUCGGUGCAACGCACGGGCUGGGACCCGACGCUCCAGCAAGAGAUAGUCGACGAGUACGAAUACGAUGGAGGCAACUCCAGCUCGAGGCUUUUCGAACGCUCGCGUAUCAAAGCACUAGCCGGCGAGCGUGAAUUGGUUCAGAAGAAAACCUUCCAAAAAUGGGUGAACUCGCACCUGGUGCGUUGCUCGUCGCGCAUCGGCGACCUGUACGUCGACCUGCGCGACGGCAAGAUGCUGAUCAAGCUUCUGGAAAUCCUCUCUGGGGAGCGUCUGCCCCGACCAACCAAGGGCAAGAUGCGUAUCCACUGCCUCGAGAACGUCGACAAGGCCCUGCAGUUCUUGCGCGAGCAGCGCGUCCAUCUCGAGAACAUGGGCUCUCACGACAUCGUCGACGGAAAUCCACGUCUGACCCUCGGUCUUAUCUGGACGAUAAUCCUGCGCUUCCAGAUCCAAGACAUCACCAUCGAGGAGACCGAUAACCAGGAAACCAAGAGCGCCAAGGAUGCUCUGCUACUCUGGUGCCAGAUGAAGACUGCUGGCUACCACAACGUCAACGUUCGAAACUUCACGACCUCGUGGAGGGACGGCUUGGCCUUCAACGCCAUCAUUCACAAGCACAGACCCGAUCUUAUACAGUUUGACAAGUUGUCCAAGAGCAACGCUAUUUACAAUCUUAACAACGCUUUUAAUGUGGCCGAGGACAAGCUGGGCCUGACCAAACUUCUCGAUGCCGAGGAUAUCUUCGUCGAUCAUCCGGAUGAGAAGUCCAUCAUCACCUAUGUCGUCACGUACUAUCACUAUUUCUCCAAGAUGAAGCAGGAAACCGUACAAGGCAAGAGGAUAGGCAAAGUUGUAGGAAUUGCAAUGGAGAAUGACCGCAUGAUCCGCGAGUACGAAAGUCUGACCAGCGACUUGCUCAAGUGGAUCGAGUCGACCAUCACGGCUCUAGGCGAUCGUCAGUUUGCCAACUCUCUGCUGGGUGUCCAGUCUCAGCUAUCACAAUUCUCCAACUACCGCACCGUCGAGAAGCCGCCCAAAUUCGUAGAGAAGGGUAACCUCGAGGUGUUGCUGUUCACGCUUCAGUCCAAGAUGCGCGCGAACAACCAGAAGCCUUAUACGCCCAAAGAAGGCAAGAUGAUAUCCGACAUCAACAAGGCCUGGGAACGAUUGGAGAAGGCCGAGCACGAGAGGGAGCUCGCUCUCAGAGAGGAGCUUAUUAGACAGGAAAAACUUGAUCAACUUGCUGCCAGAUUCAACAGGAAGGCCAGCAUGAGGGAAACCUGGCUGUCUGAGAACCAGCGACUCGUGUCGCAGGACAAUUUCGGCUUCGAUCUGGCAGCGGUGGAAGCUGCAGCGAAGAAGCACGAGGCUAUCGAGACCGACAUCUUCGCUUACGAAGAGCGCGUUCAGGCCGUCAUGGCGGUCUCGCAAGAGCUGGAGACCGAGAACUACCACGAUAUCGAGCGUAUCAACGCGCGCAAGGAUAACGUGCUUCGUCUCUGGAAUUACCUGCUGGAGCUGCUCAGAGCUCGCCGAUCUAGACUAGAGUUGUCGCUGCAGCUGCAGCAGAACUUCCAGGAGAUGCUCUACAUCCUGGAUAGCAUGGAAGAGAUCAAGAUGAGACUCCUUACUGAUGACUACGGCAAACAUCUUAUGGGUGUCGAAGAUUUGCUGCAAAAGCACUCGCUUGUGGAGGCUGACAUCAACGUACUUGGAGAGAGGGUCAAAGCCGUUGUACAGCAGAGCCAGAGAUUCCUUGAACAGGAUGAAGGCUACAGGCCAUGCGAUCCAACUAUAAUUGUCGAGCGCGUACAGCAGCUCGAAGAUGCCUACGCCGAACUCGUUCGUCUGGCUGUUGAACGUCGUGCUCGCCUCGAGGAGUCGCGCAAACUGUGGCAGUUCUACUGGGAUAUGGCUGAUGAGGAGAACUGGAUCAAGGAGAAGGAACAGAUUGUCUCGACUGGUGAUAUCGGUCACGAUCUCACUACCGUCAAUCUUCUAUUGUCCAAGCACAAAGCUCUCGAGAAUGAAAUUCAAUCGCACGAGCCGCAGCUCAUGUCUGUUGUAUCUGUGGGAGAUGAAUUAGUUCGCCAACAACACUUUGGAUCCGAUAGAAUCCAAGAGAGAUUGCAGGAAAUCCUUACGAUGUGGAAUCACCUAUUGGACUUGGCUGCGUUCAGAAGAAAGCGUCUCGAAGAGGCCGUUGAUUACCAUCAAUUGUUUGCUGAUGCCGAGGAUAUCGACGUCUGGAUGCUGGAUACCAGAAAGUUGGUAUCAUCUGAAGACGUUGGCAGAGAUGAGGCUAAUGUACAGUCGCUUCUCAAGAAGCACAAGGACGUGUCCGAUGAGCUUAAGAACUAUGCCAGCGCGGUAGAGCAGCUACAUCAACAAUUAGGACAAUUAGGUGAACAAGAUGCCAAGUCGCCUAAGGUGGUCGAGAGACUUGCAAAGAUCGACGAGAGCUACAAGGAAUUACAAGAAAUGGCUAAGUUGAGGAAGCAGAGGCUGCUUGAUGCUCUGUCCCUCUACAAACUGUUCAGCGAGGCUGAUGGCGUUGAACAAUGGAUUGGAGAGAAGAACAGGAUGCUGGAUACAAUGGUUCCAGCUAAGGAUAUUGAAGAUGUUGAGAUCAUGAAGCAUCGUUAUGAUGGAUUCGACAAGGAAAUGAACGCUAAUGCUUCACGCGUUGCAGUUGUCAAUCAAUUGGCGAGACAACUGCUGCAUGUCGAGCAUCCCAACAGUAAGCAAAUCGUCCAGCGCCAGAACGAGCUCAACCAGAAAUGGGCGGAGCUCCGUGAGAAGGCCGAGUCCAAGCGCGAAGCCCUCAACUCUGCUCAUGGCGUCCAAACCUUCCACAUUGAGUGUCGCGAAACCGUGUCAUGGAUCGAGGAUAAGAAGCGUAUCCUCCAGCAAACCGACAGCCUCGAGAUGGAUCUCACGGGAGUUAUGACUCUGCAGCGUCGUCUCAGUGGCAUGGAGCGCGAUCUCGCCGCCAUCCAGGCUAAACUUGAUGCUCUCGAAAAGGAAGCUCAGCUUAUCGAGCAAGAUCACCCAGAGGAAGCUGCCGUCAUCAGAGAGAGGAUUACGCAGAUCCACACCAUUUGGGAGCAGCUUACUCAGAUGCUCAAGGAGAGAGACGCCAAGCUCGAAGAAGCUGGUGAUCUUCACCGCUUCUUGCGAGAUCUUGACCACUUCCAGGCUUGGCUUACCAAGACUCAGACCGACGUGGCUAGCGAGGAUGAACCCAUCAGUCUUGCCGACGCAGAGAAGUUACUGACUCAGCACCAGAACAUCAAGGAGGAGAUCGAUAAUUACACCGAUGACUACCAGAAGAUGAUGGAGUACGGUGAGAAGCUGACUAGUGAAGCUGGAGAUGGCGACACUCAGUACAUGUUCUUGCGCGAGAGAUUGAAUGCCCUCAAGAUGGGAUGGGAGGAGUUGCACCAGAUGUGGGCCAACAGACAAAAUCUGCUCUCCAACUCGCUCAACUACCAGGUCUUCGACCGCGAUGCUCGCCAGGCUGAGGUUCUUCUCUCCCAGCAGGAGCAUAUCCUUGCCAAGGACGAGACUCCAACCAACUUCGAACAGGCUGAAAAUAUGAUCAAACGCCACGAGGCCUUUAUGACCACGAUGGACGCCAAUGACGAGAAGAUCAAUUCCGUCGAGCAGUUUGCCGCUCGUCUCGUUGACGACGGUCACUUCGCCGCCGAUAAGAUCAAGAAGAAGGCCGAGUCCAUUUACGAGCGUCGCAAGGCCAACCGUGAAAAGGCUCAGCAACUACUGGACAAGCUUCGCGAUCAACAGCAGCUGCAGCUCUUCCUUCAGGAUUGCGAGGAACUUAGCGAAUGGAUUCAGGAGAAACACAUCGUUGCCCAGGAUGAAACCUACAGAAGCGCCAAGACCGUACACAGCAAAUGGACUAGACAUCAGGCCUUUGAAGCUGAAAUCGCCAGUAACAAGGAUAGGUUGCAGCAAUUACAGGCUGCCGCUGAUGAGCUUCUCCAGCAGAAGCCUGAGCUUUCUGAAAUUAUCCAGCCUAAAGUCUCUGAACUCGCAGAUCAAUUCGAGGAACUCGAAACUACAACGCACGAUAAGGGCAAGAGACUGUUCGACGCUAACCGUGAGGUUCUUAUCCACCAGACUUGCGAUGAUAUCGAUUCUUGGAUGAACGAACUAGAGAAGCAGAUUGAAAGCACCGACACCGGCUCCGACUUGGCUUCUGUUAACAUCCUCAUGCAGAAGCAGCAGAUGAUUGAGACCCAGAUGGCGGUUAAGGCUCGCCAGGUCACUGAGCUUGAUAAACAGGCCGAACAUCUUCAGCAGACGGUGCCUGACGACAAGAUGGAGGAGAUCAAAUGCAAAAAGGAGAAGGUGGCCCAAAGAUUUGAGCAGCUCAAGGCGCCACUUAACGACCGCCAGCGACAACUCGAGAAGAAGAAGGAAGCCUUUCAAUUCAGGCGCGAUGUUGAGGAUGAGAAGCUUUGGAUCGCCGAGAAGAUGCCGCAGGCUACUAGCAAGGAAUUUGGAAACUCGCUCUUCAAUGUGCACAUGCUGAAGAAGAAGAACCAAUCUUUGAGGACGGAAAUCGACAACCAUGAGCCACGCAUCAAUCUUGUCUGCAACAACGGACAGAAGUUAAUCGACGAGGGACACGAAGACAGCGAGGAAUUCAACAAGCUCAUUUCAGAACUGAACGAGAAGUGGAAGGAACUGAAGGACGCUGUAGACGAGAGGAAUGCACACCUUGCCCAGAACGAAAAAGCUCAGCAGUACUUCUUCGAUGCCACGGAGGCUGAGUCCUGGAUGAGCGAGCAGGAACUUUACAUGAUGGUAGAGGAUCGUGGCAAGGACGAAAUCUCCGCCCAGAAUCUUAUGAAGAAGCACGAAGGUUUAGAACAUGCCGUUGAAGACUACGCCGAGACCAUUAGACAGUUGGGAGAAACCUCUAGACAGCUUAUUAGUGACCAACAUCCUCUGGCCGACCAGAUCGCUGUCAAACAGUCGCAGGUCGAUAAGCUGUACGCCGGCUUGAAAGAUCUCGCCGGAGAACGCCGCGCCAAACUCGAAGAAGCAUUACAGCUAUUCAUCCUACACCGUGAGGUUGACGACCUGGAACAAUGGAUCGCUGAACGCGAACUUGUUGCUGGCAGUCACGAGCUUGGACAGGAUUACGACCAUGUCACAUUGCUCUGGGAAAGAUUCAAGGAGUUUGCUCGUGAUACAGAGGCUAUUGGUUCUGAAAGGGUGGCUGCUGUUAACGGCAUCGCUGACUCGCUCAUAGCCGCCGGACAUUCGGAUGCAGCUACCAUUGCCGAAUGGAAGGAUGGAUUAAACGAAGUCUGGCAAGAUCUGUUGGAGUUGAUCGAGACACGCACGCAGAUGCUCGCCGCUAGCCGCGAGCUGCACAAAUUCUUCCAUGACUGCAAGGACGUUCUUGGUCGCAUCUUAGAGAAGCAGAAUGCCAUGUCAGAUGAGCUUGGACGCGAUGCUGGUUCCGUUUCCGCACUUCAGCGUAAACAUGGCAAUUUCAUCCAAGAUCUGUCCACCUUACAGAGCCAGGUCUCGCAGAUUCAGGAAGAAUCAGCUAAAUUGCAAGCAAGCUAUGCUGGCGACAAGGCCCGGGAGAUCACAAACCGUGAAGCGGAGGUUGUGGCUGCCUGGAAUAAUCUGCAAUCGCUCUGUGAGGCACGAAAGACAAAACUAGAGGAUACCGGAGAUUUGUUCAGAUUCUUCAACAUGGUAAGGACGCUUAUGAUUUGGAUGGACGACGUAGUCAGACAAAUGAACACUAGCGAGAAGCCGAGAGAUGUGAGUGGAGUAGAAUUGUUGAUGAACAACCACCAAAGUUUGAAGGCAGAGAUCGACACAAGGGAAGAUAAUCUACUGAGUUGUAUUAACUUGGGCAAAGACUUGUUAGCCAGAAAUCAUUAUGCCAGCUCACAGAUCAAGGAAAAACUCACAGCCUUAACAGACCACAGAAAUGCGUUGUUGCAUCGUUGGGAAGAACGCUGGGAAAAUCUACAGCUCAUCUUGGAAGUUUACCAAUUCGCAAGAGAUGCUGCGGUUGCGGAGGCUUGGUUAAUUGCACAAGAACCAUACCUUAUGAGUCAAGAACUUGGACACACAAUCGACGAGGUAGAAAACCUCAUAAAGAAGCACGAGGCAUUUGAAAAAUCGGCAGCUGCACAAGAAGAAAGAUUCAGUGCCUUGCAACGUCUGACAACGUUCGAACUGAGAGAAUUGAAGAGACGAGAACAAGAAAGGGAAGAGGAAGAAAGGCGCAAAAAGGAAGAAGCAGCCGCUGCGGAAGCUGCAAGACUAGCCAAAGCAACUCCAGUCGCUAGUCCAGAAGAACCAUCAGGCGAAAGAGCGGAGACGGAUGGUGCUCAAAGCAGAGAGCGCGACGAUGAUCACGCGGCACAGCGUAAAUCUUCCACGCAAACAACGCAGGCUCAAGAGAAGCCCAAGGAAGUGCAUGCUCAGAGAAGCGAGCGGAGACAAGUCCCGGCUGAGUUUCCCAUAUCACAAUCACCAUCCUCGUCGAAGCAGCGAACCUCACCCUCCGCCCCUACAACGCCGAGGGCAGGCUCGGAGUCGGGCACGCUGAGGCGCAAGGACCGCAGUCGCAGCAAGUCGCCCUUCAGGAGCUUCCGCUGGAAGAAGACGGCCAAGUCGCCGAGUCUGGAUCGCAGUGGCGCGAGUGACGACGAGUACGAAGCGCGAAGCCCGAGCGACGACGAAUUCGAGGGUACGCUGGUGCGCAAGCACGAGUGGGAGAGCACAACGAAGAAGGCGUCCAAUCGUUCCUGGGACAAGGUUUACAUGGUCGUCAGGGGGCAGACCCUCGUCGCCUACAAGGACCAAAAGUCAUGCAAAUCGACGCCUGAACAGCUCUACAAGGGCGAGUCGCCUCUUGAUCUCAAGGGUGCGACCGUUAUCGUCGCCAGUGAUUAUACUAAGAAGAAACAUGUCUUCCGCGUUAAGACGCAGAGCGGAGCCGACUUCCUGUUCCAGGCCAAAGACGACGCCGAGAUGAACGAGUGGGUGUCGGUGCUGAACCAGGCAGCCCAGGGCGCCUCCGUAGCCGGUACGUCGCGGGCACAUACGCUGCCCGCGCCUACCCAGGCUGAGACCAAGCGACGCAGCUUCUUUACUCUCAAGAAAAACUAAACUAGAGCAGUGAAGUUUGGCGAGAGAGAAAGAAAUAGAGCUGAAACCGCCCACACACCCGAUGUGUGAGAGACGACGCAAGAAGAAAACCUACACUCAAACACCCAAUUACACGAAUAAACAUCCUAACGCAAACAAACAAAAAUUACACACUUGCGAACCUUCAAAGAAAACGAAGAAGAAUAUUUCGUCGCUCUACUUGGAUAAAGCAACGCUAAUAAACGAGUGAGAAGGUGAAAAGAAGAUAAAUGGAUGUCCCCCUUCGAGCGCGAACUCGAGCGCGCAUACAUAACAUUAACAUUAGAGAACGAAAGAACGAAAGAGGAUAGAGCAUCAGCAGCCAUCGCCGUGCGGCAAAAUGCUGUGAGGGGGUCGUCGUGUUUUACGCAAAGUAAUCGCUGCAGUAGAGAAACAAUACGAGAUAAGGCAGAAAUGUAAUGUUUAAAACGAAAAAAAAAAUAAUGAAAAUUUAAUAAUGUCCCAAGUUAGUGCGAACGAUUUUUCUACUUAGGCGAGAAAGCGAAGAAAAAAUAACUAAUGUCCCGCCUCCGUCGUCGUCGUGUCCCACCUGUAAUCUGUCUCUUCAGCAUCAUCGACAUAUAUUGUAAUACAAGCAUGAAUAAUUAUAUACAUUGUGUGGAACUGCGAAUAUCCCAUCGGCGAUGCAUGAAUUUUAACACACCAAAAGUACUACAAAGUAGUAGGUAUAGGGACUGUCUGUCAUGUUUUUUUCCCUUGUCCAGAUUAUUGUAUAAUUAUUAUAUAUAUAUUAUGUUAUUAUUAUAUUAUUUAUCAAAUGACGACACAAAGUAAAUAAUGAAGAAAAAAGGAACGUGUAACAGUCUAUUUAGAUUCGGGCGUUGAUUUUUUCACAUACGCUAAUAAAAUUCAUAUUAGCAUACGUUGAGAUGCAACGGCUAAAGUCGGCUGGACUGUUUUUUAUUGUGUACGCAGCUAAUUUAUUGAUAAUGAUGUAUUACACUCCUCUUUGUAACCUACUAUCCUCUUUGACGACUUUUUUUAAAACAAAACCACAGUGUCUAUUUUAUUUGAAAAACGAAGCUAAGCGAAGCUUAUGAAUUUUGUAAACGACUUGGAAAACUAGCCCCGAAUGUUCUUUUAUACUGAUUUUUUAGAUUUGCUAAAUUAUGUUUAUUGUCCAAUUAUGUAAGAACUGCUUGCGCAGACUGUACUCAGUUGCUCAUUUUUUUACAUGAAAACGAAAAAGAGGCGACGAUAAUUGCGUUUUUUAUUCGCGGUGAGUCGUUAAAUGUUUACAAAGUCAAAGAAAUCGCGCAAAAGUGAAGAUAAAAAUGUUGCGCAUGAAAAAAAACUAAAAUCACAUGUAUCUUUUACUUUUUAAAAACCGUUGACUUUGACAGGAUUCUUUUUUUAUGUGCACUGCCCAGAAUGAAAUUACGUAUUUUUCUCUUAUGUCGGCGAUCAUUGACUGCCAUAUGUAUUUUUAUUAUGAGCUUAGCUGCGCUAACUUGGGAUAAUGUAUGAGAUAUAGCUUUUAACGAUUGUUAAAGUCGUAUUGUCUUGAGAGGGAGAGUAGAGAAGGAAAGAGAGAGUAAAAAGAUGUUUAACCUGUAACGAUUAAAGAAAAAAGAGUUUCCUCCCAUAUGAACCCAAAUUAUUAAUAACAUUAAUUAAAUGAACAUAAACAAAUCGAGGCAAAAUGCAUAUACAUAUAUAUUUAAUUCUCUAAAGGCUUUUGACAAACAUGCAAAAGCUUUAUACACUUAGAUAAGUAACGCGAAUUGUGCGAUCCUCGCCAAAUCGAAUCGUGUAGUAUAUUUGCGAAUUGUAUUCGUUUUUCCUUUUUUUGUAACUGUAAAAUUUUCUUUAAGAAAAAAUGUUUUAAGAAUUUAACUUUCGAAUAUUUAAAAAAAUACUCUAGCUGCAAUAUAACGUCGUUUAUACAUACAUAAUAAAAAUAAAAAAAUGUCUCAGCUUUUAUUUCCUUGAUGAGUAUGAUGAAUGAUGGUGUAUGUCAUAUCUUGGAGAAAUUAAUGAAAAGGAUCGAGCGUCGUAUUAUUCGAAGAGUCAGACGUUGUUUAGAAGAUAAUAAUAAAAAGAGAAAGAAAGGAAAAUUACAAGGAAAAAAAGAAAUUCUUGUACUAUGAGAGACUUGUACAUAAAAUAUAUGUGAAUCUCUAUUGCACAAGAAUACUGUCAAGAGACAGCAGAGGCAGCUUAUACAUGUUAUUAUAUAUAUUCUUUAUUUUAAACUAUUUUAAAUCUGCUCUAUCUGCGCGGGUAUAUAUUACAUAUAUAUAUAUAUAUAUAUAUAUAUAUAUAUAUGUGUGUGUGACAUUUGAUUUAAGUCUAAAAGGUUGCAUCGCUUAAAUUAAAUACAAAUUUAUAAUAUCAAUUAUCGCUGUGCUUUUCCUUCACUUUUAAUUUUUCUUUUACGUAUAGUUUAUGAAUAUUAUGUUAUACAUUUAACGGUAAGAAUGUAUAAGUGAUAAACAGACAGAUGAAUCGACUAUUAUAAUAAUAAUAUACGAUAGUAAAAAACUUUUAGACGACUCCUCUUUCAUUUUCUAUAAAACAUAUUGCGUAUUAAAAGACGCUUGUUGGUCAGUUUCUCUGAAUGAAUGUAUUCUAGUUCAUCUUCUCUCUCAUUGUCCAAAAAAAUGCUAAUAAAAUAAUACAAGAAAAAAAAUCAAAUUUCAAAUUUCAUCGCGCGCGUUUAGAAAUAAUAUCAAAUACAUACAUCAACGUAGAUAAAAUUGAAUAUUUAAGAAUGCGAUACGUAUUUUUAAGUUUACAUACACAUACAAUCGUCAGCAAUUUAAAAAAGAGCUGUUUUAAAUGUUCCGCUUGCUAUAAUUGUGACAUGUGAAAAAGAAUAAAGAAUCCAUAGAAAAAAUAAAUGUAAAACAAAGGAAAGAAGAGAGAAAACUGCCAGUGGAUGAAAGAAGAAUUUCGACCAUGAACUUGAUUAGCUUAAUAUAUUUAUAGAUCUAGUCUCGAGUUGUUAAAAAAAAUAGAAACUGCGGAGGCUGGAUUUACUUUUAAGAAAUAAAAUCUGUCAUCAAGAGAAAAAUCAAAUGCGACUUACUGCUAUAAUAAAUCGUUGUUGGAACAAUUUCAA